GAAGAUUCGUAGUGAAUUUGUGAGUGUUUUGAAACCAACCACACAAUCUGGCAACCCUGCAGUCCACCAGUCUCUCAGCACCCUCUCUGUUGUUGUCAUUUGUCUCCUAUAACAACCACACUUUCUCUCUCUGCACCAAGGCACGUCUUGUUUGAGUUCAUUAAAGACCAUGCAUGCACCAGAAAGUCAAUGCUAUCAACUGACCAGAAUUCUUUGUCAUCUGUUACAGAAGAGGAUCCAGAGGUGACCCAAUAACUCAAUCCAGGAAAAAGAUAUGGCUAACUGUGAUGACAGAAAAUGGGAUCCAUAUGAGACCGCGCAGAAAAGGGAUUUUAUAAGCAGACCCAGUUCACCAGUUCCGGUUUUAUGGCCAACUACAUCCAGGGCCUAUAGAAAUCCAUAUGCUUUGGCCGAUCCUAUUGGUGUAACUGCAUAUAGCGAAGACUUUUGCUGGAAACCUCCAUCUAAGCCUGAGUGUAUACGGACUGGGACAGCAUCUGGCAACAGAAGAAACAACCCACACCCAAGCCAGGGUUUUAUGGUAUGGAGGCUUCCUCCUGGACUGAAGCUUUGUGAAAACCCCCCACCUGAGGAUGAAGUCAAAAAUGCUCUGUCUGCUCAGUACAAGUCAACAUACAGAAAUGACUUUUUGGGCAUCCCUCAAGGCAUCUUGAUGAAACGUAAAGCCCUAGAUCCUGUUAAGCACAUUUCAGAGGUCCCACAGAGCAUCCAGACUGAGAUGAGAUAUAACUAUCGUAAGCCUGUUCAGAGACCUGAAUUUCGGGGAAAUAUAUCCCACCGUGAGGCACCAAAGGGGAUAAUCCCUACAGUGGUCCCAAAGCAUAUCACUAACCAGGAAAGCAUGAAGCCCUUGACUACUUAUGACAGGCAUUUCUGUGGUAAAUCCACAGACUUUGCUUCAGUGCUCAGCUCUCUCCAGCCUGAAGAACUCCAGCACUUCUACAAGCAUUUACCUGAAAAGGAAAAAAUGGUGAUGCAAACAUUUUUGAAGAAAAACCCAAGUCCCCCUGGUCAAGGAAAGAAAAUAAUUGAACCAGUGGCAUUCACGCAACCUCCUGUAGUGCUAGACAGGAUAUCCGUCUGGCCUGGGCCUCUGUGACCGAUUCCCAUGAUGUGCAUGUGUGUGCAAGAAAAGGAAUAAAUUCCUUCUAUUGCAAUGGAUUGUGCUGUUCAGAUAUAUGUUAAGGAGUAUGUAUUUGCCUGCACAUUACAUCACAUAUUAAUACACGAAAAAUACAUACAUGUAGUCAGUUCUUUGUCCGGUAGAAGAAUAUAACAAAUGAGUCAACCAGUUCAUAUUAUCUUCAUUGGGUAGAAGGUGUUGAUUAAUUUUCCAUAACAGCUGUUCUGGCAGUAGUUACAGGUUUAAGUUAAUACAUUACAUUCCACACAAACGUAUUAACAAAACAUCUACAGUCAUUGACAUUUACAUUUAAAGAGUCUCCAUAGUCAGUGUUUUGUAACAGUCAGAGCUAAAGCUGUAACUUUACGUUUUUCAACAUGGGAAAGUCUUCAGAAUAAUAAAUAGGGAUUUGUAAUUUCUUGCAAACAUGAGAAUCUGCAUUUAUUUUUCUUAUUAACUUUUAAAGGAUGAUGAGAAAACAACUGUUAUAUCUCUUCCACAACUUUAAAUGUAAUUGUAAAUGGAUAAAAUGUAGCAUGUGUUGUUCAUUAAUCAAUAAAAGUUGUAAUCCAUAUUAAUUUCCUGUGGUAUAAGAAAAAUAAA